CCAUUGCCUCGAGGUCAGCUGACUUCCGUCCUGCUUACCACAAACGCUGCUAGUGUUGGCUGCUGCGCGCCUGGCAACGCCCAAUGUUUGCGUCGUCUCAUCUCUGGAGGAAAACCUGCACAGCCUGAGGUGAAGGGUACACAACAGUAUGGAAUCGCCCAACGAAGCUCGACCACCGCCUCCUUCCUGGAUCAAUCAAAAAUUCAUAGAAUCUGCAAUGAUAAAUAAAACUGGAAAAGAAGUAUCUGUAGAUUCAAUUAAAGUACAGUACGCUUGUCCGGAAGGAGUUGGCUAUACAAGUUUGCUGUUCAGAGUAACUGUCCUUCUGAAGGGGGAAGACAACGAAGAAGAGGCGAAAAAGGAAUCACUACUAGUCAAAACAGUUCUUGAUUUUGGUCCGAUGAAGGAACUGAUGGAAAAUUGUCAGGUGUUCAGAAUAGAGACGCAGAUGCUGCAUGAGGUGCUGCCGCAGAUCCACAAAAUAUUGGCGUCGUUGGAGGGUGAGGACUUCCAGCCUCUGACAGCUCGCUGCUACGACUGGGGUCAGCAGCCGGCAGACUUCCUUGUGUUGGAGGACCUGUCAACAGCCGGCUUCAGGAUGGCUGAGGGAGGUCGGCCUCUGGACUACCAGCACUGCAAGAUGGUCCUCCGAGCAUACGCCAGAUUACACGCCGCCUCGGCGUUUCUACUCGACAAACAGCCACAUUACAAGAGCGUGUUCGCUAGUAGUACGUUCACAGACAAGCGUACUCAGGACUAUUUCAGAUCAAUAGGGUCUAAGAUCAUGUCUGCACUGGCAGAUGAACUGAAUAAGUGUCCAGGGUAUGAAAAGUAUUCUGAAAAAUUCCGGGGAUUUAUAGACCGAUAUGCUGACAGCAUAUUCGAAUUAUUUGAGCGAAUGAAGGAGGAGACCAAGCUACUUGUAAUGGUCCAUGGUGACUGCUGGAAGAACAACGUGAUGUUUAAGUACGUGGAGGGAGCACUGUCAGAUGUCAGACUUGUUGACUUUCAGGUGUCAUACGUGACCAGCCCGGCCUCGGACCUGCAGUACUUCUUGUACGCGAACGCCAGUGAGGGGGUCCAUCGCCACCACAUGGAUGACCUUCUGUGCGAGUACCACAACACGCUGUCGGGCAUCCUUCGGUGCCUGGGUAUGCAGCAGGAAGCUGAGGUCUUCACUUUAGAGGAGCUGAAACGGGACAUGGACCGCUGUCUAGUUAUGGGAUUUCUCUUCAGCUGCAUGAGCGGCUUUGCUCUGACUUCUGAAAAGUACGGUGCAGAAUACGUAAAGGCAUUCAACGACCCAAAGCACGCCGACGAAGCUCUCGCUAAGAUCUUCAAGAAUCCUUAUUCGUUAUCUUACAUGAAAUACCUGACGCCAAUUUUUGACAGUAAAGGAAUUUUAUGACAAUUUGUAGCACGUAUAGCUAUUAAGAUUCAAAUAAUCUAACAGUUUGUAAAUUUCUGUCUUAGACGUUCUUCUAUCUCACUGUAGGCUAUGAGUAAGUGGAUAUGAUGUCUUGCAGAGGCGUGCCUACUGUGUUACGUGAUUAAUUCGCAUUUAUUUCUUGAGGAUUUGUAUAUAAGUAGUAGGACAACUCUUGUGCUCCAAAAUCCCUUUAAAAUAUGCUUGGUAUCUUUUUUAUUCCAUGGGUUAUUUUUGAAUAUACUGAUAUCGAGAGAGUUCUGGAUGAAAUAAUUACAAACGUUGCA